AUGGCAACCCUCAAGGAUCAGCUGAUUGUGAAUCUUCUUAAGGAAGAACAGGUCCCCCAGAACAAAAUUACAGUUGCUGGGGUUGGUGCUGUUGGCAUGGCUUGUGCCAUUAAGAUCUUAAUGAAGGACUUGGCAGAUGAGCUUUCCCUUGUUGAUGUCAUAGAAGACAAGCUAAAGGGAGAGAUGAUGGAUCUCCAGCAUGGCAGCCUUUUCCUUAAAACACCAAAAGUUGUGUCUAGCAAAGAUUAUUCUGUAACCGGGAACUCCAAGCUGGUCAUUAUCACAGCAGGGGCCUGUCAGCAAGAGGGAGAGAGCUGGUUCAAUUUGGUCCAGCAAAAUGUGAACUUCUUCAAGUUCAUCAUUCCCAGCACUGUGAAGUACAGUCCACACUGCAAACUGCUUAUUGUCUCAAAUCCUGUGGCUAUCUUGACCUACGUGGCUUGGGAUAUCAGUGACUUUCCCAAAUGCCGAGUUAUUAGUAAUGGUUGCAAUCUGUAUUCAGCUCAGAUUCAUUACCUGAUGAAAGAAAGGCUGGGAGUUUACCCACUGAGCUGUCAUGGGUGGGUCCUGGGAGAACAUGGCAACUCCAGUGUGCCUGUGUGGAGUGGUGUGAGUAUUGCCGGCAUCUCCCUGAAGUCUCUGAACCCAGAACUGGGCACUGAUGCAGAUAAGGAGCAGUAG